AUGGCGCCGAUUGCGGGCAUCUCCCACCUGCUGAAUCCCCUCGCGACUUCGCUCCAAUUGGAGACCUCUGCUAGUCAGCUGGACGGCGUGCCUAAGGAUCUCGAGGACACCAUUCGCUUUGAAACCGCGCGACUCACACAGGCAGCUGGCAUCCUCCUCAGGUUGCCUCAGGAGAUCAUAGCUCAGUCCAUCAUACUUCUCCAGCGCUUCUGGCUUGGCCCUGACGGUGGCAGUCUGCUCGAGCACGAUGCAAAGGUCUGUGCUCCUCGUCCAUUCUGGCAGGCCUGUGAAACUUAAUGGGCGUCGAAUCUGACCCACAUGCAGGACGUCGCAGCUGCAUGCCUAUUCUUGACAGCCAAACCAUCUGCAAAUGCCAAGACCCCGCGCCAGAUACUCACCACCUUCGCCUAUCUCUCAAGCAUGCAGCCUGGACAAAUUUCCUCCACCACGAUCGAAGACAAGCUGAGCUCAUCCUGGCGGCUGUCGGACGGCGAGUAUGAGAUCGCCAGGAGCACGCUCUAUGACGUCGAAGCACACGUCUUGCGUGCUCUUGGAUUCCAAACGCACGUUGUGUUGCCGUACACGCUCUGCAUCAACUAUCUUCAAGCUCUCGAUGUUUUCAAGACGGGAGCGGCAGGAUCUCUCGUAGCAAAGGCCGCUUUCGCCCGCCUGAAUAGCGCACUGCUAUCUCCACAACUGCUGUAUCUCACGCAUCAGCCAUCGGCCCUCGCGACCGCUUCCAUCUACCUCGCGGCCCGAGAGACGGACGUCAAGCUGCCAGAGGUAGAAUGGUGGGAAGUCUUCGAUGUCGAUCGGGAGGAACUCGGCUUCCUGAUCGUAGCCCUUCUGAGUGUGAACAGCUACGCCGUCGAGGUACGUUGAAUUGACUCUGUCAAACCAUCUCCACCAGACCACUCGAAGUCAACCUUGAGCUAACCUUUCUCGGCAGGUGACCCGAAACUGGGCCACGAGAAAAGUUCCGAUGAGUGUCGACGAAGUUCAGGCUGAUAUCGAGCGACAUCAAAUGCUGGAAUCUGAACCCUCCAAGCAGUGA